AUGGGUGUAAAAGGCAAGUUAAUUGGUUCAAUAGAAGUGAAGUGCGGAGGAUACUCGAUUCAUGACAUUUUUCACAUGAGAACUCAUCAUAUACCCAACAUAACCCCUAGCAAAAUACUAAGUUUUGAGUUUCAUCAAGGUGAAACAAUAAAGGUUGGUUCAGUUGUUUGCUGGAAAUAUAAUGACGAUGGAAAAGAUAAGAUUGCAAAGCAAGUGAUUGAAGCCAUUGAUCCUCAAACUAAAUCAAUCACUUGGAAAAUAAUUGGUGGAGAUCUGUUAGAGUUGUACGAUUCCUUCACUAUUAUCACAUCAUGUGACGAUCAAUGGAUUACAUGGACAUUUCUGUACGAGAAGAAAACCGAAGAAAUCCCAGAACCUCUUGUUCUAUUGGGUUUUGUCAUUGGUAUGACAAAAGAUAUAGAGAGUCACCUUAUAAAGUAA